ACGGAGGGCAAACUAUUUUGAAAGGAACUCCUUUAAAAAUGGCUAAAACCAAUCAAUAUUUCCUCACAUACAGAGCUUUGAAUUUACUCUCUUGAAAUCACCUCAAAAAACCAAAAGCCUAAUGGUUUAUUUCAUGUGAAGAUCACUAGUGAUUUUCCCGGUCAACUCAUCAACCACCCACCAACCCAGCAAGGUUUCGCCAAAUCAUUGCUGUUUUCCAACUCGGUCUCUCCCAAUUUGGUUAAAUAUUCCAUUUUUCUCAGUUGGGUUUCGCUUAAUUUCAUCGAAAAAUACCAUUUUCUCAACUGGGUUUUGUCCAAUUUGAUUAAAGAAUCCAUUUUCGUAACUGGGUUUUGCUCAAUUUGAUCGAAAAUUCCAUUUUCCCAACCGGGUUUCGUCCAAUUUGAUCGUAAAAUUCCAAUUUCUCAACAGGGUUUUGCUCAACUUGAUUAAAGAAUCCAUUUUUCCAACUGGGUUUUGCUCAAUUUCCAUUUCAUUGUCUCUCAAUUUGAUCCAGUAUACCACUUUUCCAACUUCGUUUUGCUUAAUUUGAUUAAGGAGUCCAUUUUGCUAACUGGGUUUUGCUCGAUUUCAACUGCGUGUAUCUCAAUUUGAUUGAGAAUUCCAUUUUCCCAACUGGGUUUUGCCCCAAUUUGUUUAAAGAACCCAUUUUUCUACACAUGGAUCAUCACAAAGAGGACUUAAUGAACCAAUUAACGGAGUUAAUCGACGGUAUUUCUGGUUUACCAGAGUGUCGAUCGGUAUCUAAGAGGAUGUACAGUAAUUUGGUGAGAAGGGUAAAGCUUUUGAGCCCUUUAGUUGAGGAUUUGAAAGAUAGUGAUGUUGUUGAAGUUGAAGAUGAUGUAGUUCACGGGCUUGAAUUGUUGAAUGUUUCUCUUAAUUCAGCUAUGGAACUUCUCAAAUCUGUAAAUGAAGGCAGUAAGAUUCUUCAGGCUUUACAGAUCGACGACAUAUCAUUAAAGUUCCUAAAUGUAACAGAGCAAAUUGAAGAUGCACUAAGCCACAUUCCUUACAAUAAGCUUGAUAUAUCUGAGGAAGUUCGAGAACAAAUUGAACUUGUGCAUGCUCAAUUUAAAAGAGCAAAAGGAAAGAUGGAGUCACCUGAUGUGCAACUGGUAAUGGAUUUAGCUAGGGCACAAAGAGAACAAGAUCCUGACUCCAUGAUUUUUAAAAGGCUGUCUGAGAAGCUGCACCUCAGGACCAUAAAUGAUCUGAAGAAGGAAUCGCUUGCCAUCCAUGACAUGGUCAUUUCUAGUGGUGGAGAUCCCGAAGAGUGUUUUGAAACAAUAGCAUACCUCCUAAGAAAGCUAAAGGACUGUGCAAUGACGGAGAAUCCUGAAAUGGAUUCCCUUGAGGGUGACAAGAGUUUGAUUAAGCACAGAUCUCCUGUCAUUCCAGAUGACUUCCGCUGUCCAAUAUCACUUGAGUUGAUGAAAGAUCCUGUUAUUGUAUCUACCGGACAGACCUAUGAAAGGUCGUGCAUCCAAAAAUGGCUGGAUGCAGGACACAAGACCUGCCCUAAGACUCAGCAGACACUGUUGCACACUGCAUUGACUCCAAACUAUGUUUUGAAGAGUCUGAUUGCCUUGUGGUGUGAAAACAAUGGUGUCGAGCUGCCUAAAAACCAAGGAACUUGUAGGAAUAAAAGAUCUGGAGCUGGUGGUUCGGACUGUGAUCGUGCUGCUAUAGAUGCGUUGCUACAAAAACUUGCUAAUGGUAAUCCGGAGCAGCAAAGGGCAGCUGCUGGUGAGCUCCGUUUGCUGGCGAAAAGAAAUGAUGAUAACAGAGUCUGCAUUGCUGAAGCUGGGGCAAUUCCUCUGCUCGUUGAACUGCUAUCGUCACCAGAUACACGUACUCAGGAGCAUGCUGUCACUGCACUUCUUAACCUAUCUAUAAAUGAAGGUAACAAGGGAACUAUCGUAAAUGCUGGUGCUAUACCUGAUAUAGUAGAUGUACUAAGAAAUGGAAGCAUGGAAGCAAGGGAAAAUGCAGCUGCUACCCUUUUCAGUUUAUCAGUAGUUGAUGAAAACAAAGUGGCAAUAGGAGCGGCCGGUGCUAUACCAGCGCUUAUUGAUUUGCUCUGUCAGGGAACUCCUAGGGGAAAGAAGGAUGCUGCCACUGCUAUAUUUAAUCUCUCAAUCUAUCAAGGAAACAAGGUGAGGGCAGUACGGGCCGGAAUUGUGCCCCCACUAGUGAGAUUGCUCAAGGAUCCAGGGGGUGGAAUGAUGGAUGAAGCACUUGCUAUAUUGGCAAUACUUGCUAGUCAUCAGGAGGGUAAGGCAGCUAUUGGUCAAUCUGAGCCAAUCCCCAUCUUAGUUGAGGUAAUUAGGACCGGUUCUCCUCGGAACCGAGAAAAUGCUGCAGCUAUUUUGUGGUCUCUGUGUACAGGUGAUGUACAGAACUUAAAGGUCGCUAGGGAUCUCGGAGCAGAAGAGGUACUGAAGGAACUGUCGGAGAAUGGCACAGAUAGAGCCAAAAGAAAAGCCGGAAGUGUUUUGGAACUUCUCCAGCGAGUCGAUGCAGUUGAUUCAUGACACUAAAUUAAUCAGUGAUGAGAUUUUCUUUGCUACUAUCAAGAGGAAUAUGUCUACUGAAGUAAAUGUCUGAAUCUUGGAGCCGUAAUUCUACCUGAGAACUUCGUGGAGGUCGGACAAGCCGGUUAACUUAUGUGCAUCUCUAUGCAUGUACAAAAGAAAUGGAACGGUACUACACUUGGGGACGCGGAUGUCGACAAUCUUUUUCUCUAUAUUUAUGUUCACUUCUUUUUGACAGCUUGGUCCAAAUCAGUGUUUAUCGACUGUAAUGUUGUUUAUACUUUCCUCUUAGUGUUUGAUUAUGGAAGCAGUGUAACUUCCACUUUUGAUGAUGAGAAUUGAGAAAUGAAGAAAAAACUGUGUUCUUCUAA